AUGCCUCGAAAAUCCAAUAGAACGAAGCAAGAAGUUAGAAGAGCUCCAAUCUUUUGGAUAUUCCUAGCUUUCAGAGUGCUGAACGCAGCCUUGACAAGAACCUUCUUUCAGGCAGAUGAGUUUUGGCAAGCGUUGGAGCCUGCGCACUGGAAAGCCUUUAAAUACGGGGAACUCACUUGGGAAUGGAAAUUUGGAGUUCGUAGCUAUAUGUUUCCGAUGAUCUUUGAGCUAACCUACAGAUUGGUUUCACUAUCGGCAAUAAUUCUCCAUUACACCCUUAAAGCUUUUUCAACUAUAGGUUCCGAUUUACUUAUUCUACUCUUACCAAAUUAUGAAUUAACCUGGCAGAUUGCACAAGACUUACAGAGACUUCCUUUGGAUGCCUCACGGUCAUUUGAAUACUACGGCGUGAUAUAUGCACCAAAAAUUGUCAUGGCUGUACUAGCAUCCACUGGAGAAUAUUAUAUCAUAAGAUUUGUUCAGAAAAUCUAUUUACUGACACUUGAUAAGAAAAAGGACGAGAAGGAAGAUAAGGGACUUAGUGGUUUGUCGGAAAUUACGAAAUUUGCCCUACUUCUAAGCCUAACUAACUUUUUCAAUUGCUUUUUUAUUUCGAGGACAUUUAUCAACUCUUUUGAAAUGGUGCUCACCUCUAUUGCGCUUUAUCAUUGGGAUUGGACAGGGGGGCAAAGGGUGAAAGAGUCAUCGUUCACAAAAGCGCUUAUUUUUGCAUUUUUGGCAUGUUUGCAAAGGCCUAGCAAUGGGCUCAUCUGGAUAGUUCCCGGCCUUUUCCUGCUGCUAAAUUUGGUGUCCAAGAAGCAGUAUCACUUACUGUCUGUCACACUAUCGAAAGUCAUUCGAUCGUUUUCGCUAGUAUUCCUUGCGAAUACCAUUAUUGAUAUGUAUUUUUAUAGGGAACUGACCUUCCCGAUCUUCCGCUUUCUAAAAUUCAAUUUUACAACACCAUUAGCGAAAUUUUAUGGGGUGGCUCCCUGGCAUUUCCAUAUUUUGCAAAGUCUGCCCAUUAUACUAGGCGCAUCUAUUCCUAUUUUCAUAUUUGGAUUUUUUUCCCAGCUCAGCAGGAAAAAGUUUCCCAACUGGUACUUAAAUCCAUUUUUCCAGGUUAAUUGUACUAUUUUGUUGAACCUAAUAGUAUACUCUAGCUUACCUCAUAAAGAAUUUAGGUUCAUCUUUCCAUUACAGCCGCUCUUUAUAUUAAUAUCAUCGUUUGGUUUAUCAAGACUUAGUACGGAGUAUCGAAACAAGCUGACCAGCUUAAAACUUCUGCUCUGGCUCGUUCCCUUUAUAUCAGUGUUUGCUGCGUUACUGUUAAAUACAUUCCACGAAUCAGGGUCCAUCGAAGUCAUGAAGUUUCUGCACGAAGAGCCAGAAAUAGAUAGCUUGGGAUUUAUAAUGCCCUGUCAUUCGACACCGGGUCAAAGUUAUCUACACAGGAAUGAUAUUUCAGAUCUGUGGUCAAUUACUUGCGAUCCUCCAUUGCACCUACUUGAAGACCCAAAAGCCUCUUCGAAGCUUGAGGUUUAUAUGGACGAAAGUGACCAUUUGUAUGAAGACAUACCCAAAUUCAUCUAUAGAAACUUCCCACCGAUAUUCCGUAAAAACCUAAGAAGCCCAGACAAGAUAUUUAGCCAUGAAUGGCCAACAUAUUUGGUUGUUUUCGAGCACAUGGAAAACACUUACCUAAAAGAUUUUCUGAAGGAUUCGUCGUAUGUCGAAUACAAUAGGUUUUUCAACUCCCUUGCUCAUUGGGAUUCAAGAAGAUCAGGUGACAUAAUUGUUUACUAUAAACUACCUUUUGAUCUUAAAGAUAUGUCGGUAGUAAAAAGCUGA